GCAGAACCCUCAACACCUCUACUUCCCGCGGCGAUGUAUGGAAGUUAACCAACGAUUUACCACUGAUUUAUGGAUGGCUCCACGACAUGGGUGUCGCUCCUGUCCCCAGUUAAAAUAGCCAACUGGCGUGAACAAUGGCUUCAGUUGGAGCAUGAAUAUUCAUUUGAUGAAUCAGUUAUUGCAUAGGACAAUGAGACGCAAGAAUUAGCGCAUCACUACACAGAAGAAGAGAACACGAGUGAGAAGUUAGGUUACUGCCGCGUCUCUUCGGUGCAGCUAUGGCACUAGACUGUACAUCGCUGACAAAACUAACCCUUGUUUUAUGUGUGGCGGCCCGUGGCUUUCCCCAAGUGAGCGGCUGCAGCGAUGCCUAUGGGAGGGCCAUUCCCCCAGUGAGUGGCUGCAGCGAUGCCUACGGGUGGGCCAUCUCUGACUUCUGUGUGACCAAGUUCACUCUGGACAUGGAGGCCCUGGACCAGAGCAUGUGGUGCAGCUGGUCCGACACUUUUCAGCCUUACGAAGAACUGACCAACUGCACCUAUUUUGUGGCACUCAAGAUGCACUGCUUCUGGCCCAACCAGCAGAUAGACCAACUCUUCAUACGCCUCCACCGGGACUACUUUCACGACUGCGCUCUGACCGGCAGGCUGCUUCGGGACCCUCCUAUACGUAUCUUGGGGCCUUUCAUUGGAGUGCCUGUGCUGGUCACUCUGCUCAUGACUGCCCUAGUGGUGUGGAGCGGUAAAUGCUGCCAGGGAAUCGUGUAACUGUCUCAUCGUGGGUGAAGGUGCCCCUGGGUACAGAAUACAGAUCUAGGAUCAGUUUGCCCUGCCAAAAUUCUAAACUGAAUCAUUAGCGGUGGAAACGCAAAACUGACCCAAGGCCAGCUUCUAGGGAUCAACCUGACCUCUUGGAAAACGAACUCCAGCUUAUCUGAUAGGGGAGCCAUGAUGGAGGGGACACUGAACUGGGGCAAACGACAAGCAGAGAUACCCAACAGCAUCCUAAGACUGUAAUCUUUCUGUGAUGGUUGUUGUUUGAUGGACACUGGCGGUAUGAGUGAAGGACCUCUCAGAAGCCUACUACUGAAACAAAGCAAAGGCUAUUUAACAUUGUACUGUGGCUCAUCGAUAACCCUAGAAAUUCCAAUUGAAAACAUGCAUUGUAAUGUUGUAAACCACAAAAUGGCCAACCAAGAGAGGGCUAAUGUUGUGUAGAGCACGGAGGACACAAAAUAAAUACUUCGUAUGUCAAAAUCAAUGCAACAACAUCUGUAAUGUAGCUUAGGGCACCAGCCAAGUCUUUACAUGAACUGAAUAGAUGUAUAUAAAGGGCUUCAUAGAAAAGGCUGUAUUUGAUCUAGACAGCCACGCCCAGUAGCCACGCCCAGUAGCCAUGCCCAGUAGCCAUGCCCAGUAGCCAUGCCCAGUAGCCACGCCCAGUAGCCAUGCCCAGUAACCAUGCCCAGUAGCCAUGCCCAG